AUGGCUCGGACUGUUGUGCUGUCGGUCGUUCUGCUCCUCGGCGUCGUCAGCGGCCAUUUCCUCCCGCCACAACACUCGUGGCAUCACAUGAACAGUCAACGACCGAGCGAAGAGGUUAAUAUAUAGCCUAUUCCGCGCCAGCUUGUCACGUUUUCCUUCCCGCCAAAAAGACCGUAUACCGAAUUAGAUCAAAUUUCUGCUUUUAUAACGGUAAAAAAAAGGUCUUGAAGCGAAAGUUGGUUAAAUUUGACCUGACCUUUUGGCGGAAAGAAAAACGUGACAAGCUGGCGCGGAAUGGCCUAUAACGCAUUCCGCGCUAGCUUGUUGAAAAAAACCUGUAUUUACGGUAUUUUUUUUUCGCUGUUGUUUCAAAACGUGAUUGUCGCGCGCGGAACACAUAAUGAGGAGCAUAUUCUUUUUGCACAAGUUCUUUUUUGGGAAGUUUGAUGUAUGAAAAAAAUUUCAGCGAAAGUUCGAACGGCGACUUUUCCGAUUUUUUCGUAUCGCUAGGGAACUUUCCGACGGCCACCUUUUCGCUGAAUCCCUUUCCGAAUUUUUUCCCUCAUAUUUUUUUCGGUUUAUAAACAUCUAUUAACUUUUUUUUAUAUUUCUUUGUGUUUUAAACGUGAAUGAAUUGCCUACUUCAUAUAGGAAGAUUAAAAAAACGAAGAUAUUAUCAAGAAAAAAAAUGUCGGAACCAAUUUCGUCGGAAAGAUGGCCGUCGGAAAGUUCCCUAGCGAUAUGAAAAAAUCUGAAAAGUCGUCGUUCGAAUUUUCGAUGGUUUAUUUUUAUACCACCGUUUGAUUUUAAAACUUCUGAUUAUUUUAAAUUAUUCAAUCCAACACGUAGUUUUUCUUAUUUUUUCUUAUAAGAGUCAUUAUUUUUUUUUUCGAAUAUUUUUCUAAAAGUUGAGUUUAAAGAAAACUAUAACUCUUUCUACAUCAGCUUGUCACUUUUUUUGUUUUUUCAAAAGACCGUGUUCCAAAUGAGAUCAAAUUUGAUUUAAACUGGCUUCAAUAAUUUUGCUUUUUUUUUGCAGUCGUGUAAAGCAAAAGUGCAAAAAAAAAAAAACUGUUUCUACGGUAUCCGUUUUUAUGCUGUUCUUAUAGGUCAUUCCGCGCUAGCUUGUCACGUUUUUCUUUCCGCCGAAAGGCCAGGUCAAAUUUAACCAACUCUCGCUUCAAGACCUCUGUUUCUUGCCGUUAUAAAAGCAGAAAUUCGAUCUAAUUUGGUAUACGGUCUUUUUAGCGGGAAGAAAAACGUUACAAGCUGGCGCGGAAUAGGCUAUACAACUCCUACGAAGAAGAUUCAGGUUGUCUCAUCCAGUGAUGCCGAGCUCCUUUCAGAAGACGUGCCAGUCGAAACCUCCACGGAAGCUUCUGGCCUUGGAGCCUCAGAAAAAGAUGACACUGGUUCGUCUAACGUCCAUAAUCUUGAUUGACUCGGAGUUUCAGACUGCACGGGGAAGACUGACGGCGUCUACCCCAUCAACAGCUGUUCGACCAAGUUCCUGACGUGUUCUGGCGGCAUCGCCCGCAUCAUGGACUGUCCGGCGCAGUUGGUCUACAACAACGAGUUCCUGGCCUGCGACUAUCCUAUGGCCGUCGCCGGUUGCUCAUCCGAUGGCAGUACUUCGCUCCCACCUAGCAGCUCUUCUGUCCAGCCUGAGACGUCAACCGAGGCUGACGUCACCAGCACCGAGGAAGUCGAAUCGACGACGACGUCGCGCCCCACUACCUGUUCGGUAUGUCUUGUGUGUUACUCGUGGAUAAAGCUUCUAAUAAACAUCAAAUGAUGGGCUGGAUUUAAGAUUUCUCCAGUUAAGACUUUUUGACAUUUUUUCUUUGCACAUAUAGUCUGUUCAGAUUUUGAAUGUCAAGAAGCUCACUCCGCCCCUGCUGAGACGGUUCCUUUUCGCGUCGAUGUUUCAUCGCGCGGGACUAAUUUUGAUCUUUUUCGAUCUAAAAGAUAGAAAAAGAAGUCAAAAAAGCAGCCUUAUUAAAGGACCAUUGGCAUAUGUAGAUAAAACAUUGACGCGAAAGAUAUUGUAGCCUUGGGGGUGGAGUUAGCUGCUUGACAUUCAAAAUCUGAACAGACUAUACCGUCCUUUGUAACGUUAACAAAUUCAACCCUUUUUCCCAUAAUAAUUAAAUUCCCUUUUUUCCAAAAGUUAGUGUUUCAAUUAUAUCUUAGAACUCAGUCAUAAACUGUGUAGAAGUUUAAUGGCGUAUAGAUGCAAUCGUCAUUCUCUUUUUUAACUGAUUCAAAAAACCUCUGAUUGACUCACUGGAAGUUUUUUUCUUUUCGAAUAAUUAGUUGUGACUGGUCGCUAUGAGUUUUUUUUUUCUUUAUACCAAUGAUUUUCAGACAGAGGACGGCUUUUUCUCGUUCGGCCGCUGCAGCGACAAGUUCACGGCCUGCACGAACGGACGCUCGAUCGAGAUGUCGUGUCCUGCACAGCUCGCCUUCGAUGAGCAACGCCAACUUUGCGACUACCCUCUGGCCGUUCCUGAGUGCGCCAACGGUACGGUUUCUGUGAGCCUUCUUGACGAGCAAUCUUUCUUGGGCAAGUUCAGAACCUCAUUAGUCCGUGUGGGGUCGUCUAAAACAAAUUUGAGGGAAUGGGGAAUAAGGAAUAAGCAAUUUUUUAAUCAGGGAGUUUUGAUAGAAAAAAGUUUUAACCUUAUGAAUUUUUCACCUUAAUUCAAGAAGAGUUUGAAAUAGGAGCCUCUGAAAAUCGUCUACCCAUGUAUGAAAUCAAUAAAAUGUUCACUCCCUCAAAAAAAAAGCAGAGCUUUUUCAGCAAAUGCAUAAGGUUUCCUCAUAAUUUCAGGAUUUCUCAUAGACUUAAAAAAAAUGUUUUCAUUUUUUAGACUUGGCUUCCAAGAGCGUAUAGUCUGUUCAGAUUUUGAAUGUCAACCAGCUAACUCCGCCCCUGCUGAGACGGUACUUUUUCACGUCGAUGUUUUAUCGCGCGGGACUAAUUUUGAUCUUUUUUCUAAAAGAUAGAAAAAGAAGUCAAAAAAGCAGCCUUAUUAAAGGACCAUUGGCAUAUGUAGAUAAAACAUUGACGCGAGAUAUUGUAGCCGUGGGGGUGGAGUCAGCUGCUUGACAUUCAAAAACUGAACAGACUAUAAUCAUCAUUUAUCCUUCAAAAAAUGAUGCAUAAAUAUGCUAAAAUUUUCCCUCUGCUGUCGAUUUCGUCCAUUGACACUGAAGUCUGUGAAAAUGUUUUUCAGAAAAUUGUAAACUAAUUCCCAAAACGAAAAGUUCGCAAAAGUUGCCAAUUUCUACAAAUUUCAGUAUGGCGAGUAUUCAGAGAGUGAGAGCAAGUUUUUUGAAGUUCCAAGGUCUAUUUUACAGAAAUAAGCUUUGCGAACUCUACAAUACGAAAGUUUACAGGAGCCAGCUUCGACGAGCCUUCGACGGAAGUUGCCCCCAGCAGCAGCACUGAAAUCGAAGCUUCUGGAUCUGAAUCCAACGAGGCUUCUGGAAAUGGAAGCGGCUACGAGUACGGUAGCGGAGAAAUGAUUGGCAACGAUGUUCCUUCGGUAAUCAAAUCAGUUUUUUUAAGCCUAAACUUGGGUUUUCAGUCCACUUCCUCUUCUGAUUACGGUUACGGCAGUGGCAAUGGAGACGAACAAACUGGAAACGACGCUCCUGAGGUUUUUCUUCCAACUUUUGAACUUAAAAUUCAAAAUUAUUUAGACUACUUCUGGCUACUACUAUGGAAGUGGAAACGGAAGCGAAGAAGCCGUUGGAAACGACGUUUCUGAGGUAGUGUCAAUGAAAGUGAAUAAUGGGGUUUUCCGAAGCCAGUACUGUGUGAUGAAUGAAUAGAAACCAAAAAGAAAGUUUGUUCCAAUGAGUCUUUUGCUGAACGAUUUUCAAGCCUUUUCAAAACUAUUGGUUAACAUUUAGAGCUACUGUCAGUCUAUGAUGGCAUGAAUAUUCAAUUGAUUUUAUGUCGUAUUCAGAAUAAUUCCGCGAGAUUCAAUAUUCAACGAAAAUAGAAUUCGUUAUAUGAAUAUAGCCUCUGAGUAGAUUCUUAACUUUUGGCGUUUGCAGUCGACCGGAUCAAACUACGGCAAGAGCAGCAGCCGAUCUGCAGCCAACGACUCUUCUGAAAAACGAUGCGUCGACGGCGUGCAAUCGACCGGCCGCUGCUCGGCGUCUUUCCGCCAGUGUAUCGACGGCCGUCUUUACUCGUUCCAGUGCGACCAGGGCAAGCUGUUCUCGAAGCGAACCGGCUCCUGCAGACCUCUAUCCGACCUCCCCGAGUGUGCCUACUAA